AUAUUUUGGGUUGGAGGAAAAAUUUAAAGGUUAGUUCCCAAAAUGAUGCUCCUGAAUUCAAAAAGAAGGCAUAAUCUGGGCCCUGCUACAUCCACAAUCCUUCUAACACUUCUUUAUCAAAGAAUUACUUAAGAGUAUACUGAUUCUGAGCUAGAAGACCUGAGCCUGAAUGUCCUUUGUUACUAAUGAAAUUUUCUUGCAAAAUAACCUUCUAGAUUCUGUAUACCUGAAGACAGCACAUUUGAAGAAGGGGGACCAAAAGAAAUACCCAAGUCAAAGCUGCACACUGUUCAAGCAAAAUCUGGUUGGAGAGGAAAGCUUUUCCAAUGAUUAGCGAGCUUCCCCAGCUAGCCUGUAGGUGGGUGUGUUUAACAGAAGGAAGCAAUGGGAACUCGCCUGUCAGCCAGCCUUUAGAGCUAAUUAGCUCAGCAUACAACAAAGAUAAGUGAGCCUGAGAGGAGGGCCCCUGAGGGGUCUUUACAUUCUGGGAAAUGUCUGAUUGGCAGAUGUUAAAAGGGAUUCUUUGGUAAUCCUGUGCAUCAAUGAGCUGCACAAAUUCAGUCCAGAACUGCAAGAAUUCAGGCAUGAGGACACUGUGCAGCAGGCUCGCACAGCAGACCCAAGAUGGACAGAACCUUGGAAUCCCUGAGACACAUCAUUGCCCAAGUCUUGCCUCACAGAGACCCAGCUCUAGUCUUCAAAGACUUGAAUGUUGUGUCAAUGUUACAGGAAUUUUGGGAAAGCAAGCAGCAACAGAGGGCUAUAUUCUCAAGUGAAGGUGUGGUAGUCUAUGAGUCAUUGCCAUCUCCUGGACCUCCCUUUGUGAGUUAUGUGACCCUCCCAGGAGGAAGCUGUUUUGGCAACUUUCAGUGCUGCUUAAGUAGAGCUGAGGCCAGGAGGGAUGCAGCUAAAGUGGCUCUAAUCAACUCCCUCUUCAAUGAGCUGCCCUCUCGCAGGAUCACCAAGGAAUUCAUCAUGGAAAGUGUGCAGGAAGCAGUUGCUUCUACUAGCGGCACUUUGGAUGACGCAGAUGACCCCAGCACCAGCAUUGGAGCCUACCACUACAUGUUGGAGUCAAAUAUGGGCAAGACCAUGCUGGAAUUUCAGGAGCUGAUGACCAUUUUCCAACUGUUGCACUGGAAUGGAAGCCUGAAAGCCCUUCGUGAAACCAAGUGUUCCCGACAGGAAGUCAUCUCCUACUAUUCCCAGUAUUCCCUAGAUGAAAAGAUGCGCAGCCACAUGGCCCUGGAUUGGAUCAUGAAGGAGCGGGAGUCGCCAGGGAUUCUCUCUCAAGAGCUACGAAUGGCUCUGAGGGAGUUGGAGGAAGCCAGGAAAGCAGGACAAGAACUACGGUUUUACAAAGAAAAGAAAGAAAUCCUGAAUUUAGCCCUGACUCAGAUCUACAGUGAGCCUGACACUUCCUCACCCAGUGAUGAUCAGCUGAGCCUCACUGCCCUUUGUGGCUAUCCCUAGCAAGGCCAGGUCCCCGCUGCCCCCCAGAUUGGCAGAGGCUGGACUUUAACAUAGGGAAGUUCACUGAAGGAGGUCAUCAGGGGCUUAGCACCUAUAGCUACUACCUGCAGGCUGCUAACUCUCCCCACCCAUUCCAUGCACAGAAUCUGAGAGUAAUAGGACCCUCAGAGGACCCAACAUCUCUCUACUUGACAGUCUCCCCAGCAUGUUCUCAAUGAUGCCACCUCAGGCUGAAAGGAUGCAGACAGGGUUGUUUGAUGGUAAUUUACUGGCCUGCCUCCAACCAACAGUCCAGUUGAUAUGCCUUGCUAGAUCAUGCAUUUUUUAAUCAAAGAAUGGGCCAGUGUCUCAUCCCCCAGAAUAGCAGCCAGGACUAGGGAAAGUAGCAUGAUAACAAUUUGUAAAAACAUUUGGAUUAAAUAAAUGAUAUGGAUUGUUUUUAAAAAAAUUCAUAGGGUCAGAGUUUCUUCCUAAGUUUUGUAAGCUAUGAGAUAGUUUAUACUCUGCUAGGUGUAAUUCAGAAUGACAGUGGGGGGUUAUCUGUACAUCCCAUUAUCAAAGAUUUUUAAGUGGUAAUAGUAUGAAAAUAUUAGAUAAAUUUAAUGUGGCUUAAAAUACCACUGUAAUAUUUUUUUUUUAAAUCCUCACUUUUCCAUAAGGGGAUAAAUGUCACCUAGAAUAGUAUCCUCACUUGUAUUCCUCAAGAAGAAUUAAUAUCCAACUUUAAGGAGUCCUGCUAACAGUCAUGUUCAUUUUUAAUUUGCAAAUAGAUGCUGGAAUUGAUUUGUUUUUAUUUUUGCCACCCCAGUCAUGUAUCUAUAAUGUUACUGGCAUUUUAAAUGUUAAAACAUGAUAAAAAUCAUUAGCAUUUAACAAUGAUUGCAUUUUAUUCAUUUCUUAGUCAUUAGAGAAGUAAUCUUUAAUUGUCUUGGUUGUUGUUCAAGAACAUAAGCCACCAUACAGUAGCUCAAAUGUAGUGUCAUUUUUAAGUUUAAAUUACUGAAAUCUUCUUUAAAGAAGGGACAAGACAUUGCCAGCUCUCUUUGAAAAUGUCUUGGGUCAAUCAACUGAUUAGAAAACCAAAAGCAAUACAAAUGGUUCCUGGUCACUCAGAUUUAGGAAUGACAGCAGUGUCAGUUUUAAACACUUGUAGGUAACUUGAAAACAAUUAUUCUGCACUUAGGCCAACAAUUCAAAUGAAAGAAAUCAGUUUUCUCAAUUUUAAAACAGGUUUCCUUUUCUUCUGUUUAGGCAAAUGCAGACUAACAUUCCUGAAAGUUAAAACCAUUUUAAUUACAUUUAAGUUUACAAAAACAUUAUAAUUUAGCCUCAUAUCUAAAUAUGUACAAAGGUAAUUGUCCCUCCUUAAAUCCCAUGAAAACCACAGUAUAUUGAUCAUAUGUUUUGGGAUUAGCCCUGAUAACACAAAAUUUAACUUCAUACCGUAUUUCUCAUACAGGGGGAAAAUUUAGAUACAUAUCUGCCCUAAUGUUUUGAAAAGGUAAUACUAUAUAAUAUUUGAUAAAUUUUAUUUUAAAAUACUGUUUUAACAAAAAUCACAUUCCUCUCCAUAAUGAGGCUAAAUGUCAUUUAGAAGAAAACUUUAUUCCCUUAUGUUCCCAAAAAGGAAUUAGAACGAAUAUUUAUAAGCUGAAUAAAUUUUUAAAGUUAAGAAACUUUCCAUUUCAAGUAAUUUUUUAAUAAAGUCACUAUUCUUUAUCAUUUCAAAACAGCAACUUCCCUUGUUGGGUGUAAUUAAAGGUUCUGUACACCUUUGUUGCAUUGCAGCUGUGGACAAUGACCACCUCAAGCUGACACUAUCUAAUUAGAUGCAGGAACAGGAAUCCACUGAGAAAAUACUAUAUUCACUCUCUGUCCUACAAUUAGAAAACUGUACUCAUUCUAUAAAUUGAAAGCAGAGGUUCUCCCUUGGCCACUAUCAGCUUUUCCCAUCUGGUCAAAACCUCCCACUCUUCCUAGACUAGUAUGGAAGCUACAACAAAAGAAACAAAGUCAGAGUCUUUGCCACUGCUGGUCCCUUUGAUGCUCAUUUAUAGGAGUUCAAUUUCAGCUAAGACAUAAUGGCUGUCAGCACAUCAUAUAAGCAUCCAUAGUCCUGGCCUUGAGAAGAGCAGGGUUGAAGAGCAAAGUAUUUUUUGCUUCUCUGAAUCUUUUCUCAAUAACACACUGUUGAAGGGGUCUAGAAUGGAAGAUUCUCUAUUUAAAUAUAUGCAGUCUGGGUCCUAACCUUAUGUGGUUAUAAACCUUUUGAGAAUCUGAUAAAAGCUAUGGGCCUUUUCCUAGGAGAAUAGAAUAAAGCAUAUAGGAUACAUUCAAAAUUACACAGUUUCAGAGUAUGUGGACCUCCCCAAAGUUCAUGGAUUGCUGUGUCCAAGGACCCCUGGUUUAGAACUCAAUUUUGACUACAUACUUACUGCCUCAAACUUUUAGCAGGGAUCCAAACUAGCUCAUAUAGACAUAUGUCUAUAUCUAUCAACCUAUAGACAUAGCCUCCUAUAGCUUAUUGCUAAGAUAAAUGUCAUCAUUUAUAAUAUGAAAUUGUACUGUAUUUUGACAAGAGAGUUUAAUUUUCACAAAAUUCAAAUAUACCAAAUUGUUAUUUAAAAAAAAACAGCUCAAAGAAAACUUGUCACUAAACUUGCAUGAACCUGUCAGAAUAUUUUGUAUUUAAUAAAGUCAC